CCUUAUUGACUUUAUGUAUUGCGGGUACUACGGGUACGGUUACAACGCUCUAGCAAGAUGGAUAUCAGCAGCAGACGACGCGAGCACCUAGCGGGAGGUAGCGUCAACAGCGGCGCCCGUCAGAUGUGACGCAUUACCUUCAGGAGGCGUCUGUGUUGUUCUCCAAUGACAGCUGGGCGGGCGGGCCUUGUUUCCAAUAUUUACGGAAUAUAGCGCCAUGUGUACGACCUGCUCCGCGGUCGGGUGCAGGAACAUGCCACCGAUGCCCGGUGUGAGCUUCCACACGUUCCCCAAGAGUCCCAAGUUGCGCAGGCUGUGGGUGCUGGCCAUGAAGCGCGAUUGCUGGCAGCCCACACCGAGCAGUAGACUCUGCUCGGCGCACUUCAGGAACGAGGACUACGUCCACGACCCGAGCAUUGCCCUGCGAAUGGGGAUAGAACCAUUCACGAAGCUUUUGAAGCCUGGCGUCAUUCCCUCCGUGUUCGAGCACAAUCGCAAAGAGAACAAGCUCCGAGGAGCUUUCGUAAAGCGCCAGCGAAAGGAGAUCGUCAAUGAGGCCUUGAAGGCUUACGAAUCAUCUCCUGCAGCACUUCGAAGCACCACAUCACACUUGUGCCAGAAGCAUAUGAAAUGCUGUCACAAAGUGAACCAAAGAAAGUCCAUAUCCGCUGGGACAAACACGUACAACCCAAAGCGUGACCAAGGCCUGAUGACAGAGAGGCCCAUGCUUCGAAAUGCAGCUGUGCAGACUGGGAAAGAAGUCAUUCCGACAACAACCUUGACCAGCAUCCAGCUCACAUGCAAAAAGAAAAGGAAAAAUAGGGCAUGUACAAAGGAGAUAGAAACUGUUCAGCUCUGGAACACAAUUGAGUAUUUAACAUAGUGUGCAUAGGCGGAAAGUUUUCAUUUGGGGGGGGGCUGGGGCCCGACCAGCUUGCCGAAACCUACCCAUAUAUAUAAAUAUAUUGUAAGGAUGAAGAGAUGCACUUGGGCUUGGGCGCUCGCACACCAGGCGCUAGGGGGCGAACGAGCAGAAGGAGAAUAUAGAACAGCCGGCCCAGUGAACGGGCUGCUGUGUCUCUCCUUACAAUGGCGUAGCCAACGAAAGCCCAGUCUUAAGGCGCUCCAGCCUUCAGCACCGUACUGCAGAACCCUUGGGUCUUCCGGCAUCUUGCCGUCCAGGGUCCUCCUGGCGAGGGAACGCCGUCAACGCUUCCCUUGUCAUGGAUGCUGCACCUGGGACUACCUGGAUCUCCGAGCCCCCAAGGCAUGCCGUUCACGCUGCCUUGAACAUGAAUCCUUGCCAUCGUGGGUGCCUCCUGCGGCCAGGGAACGCUGCCCACACUUCCCGUGCUCUGGAUCACUGCCCCAUGACAUCAUCGCAUUCUCAGCCAGCAAGGGAUGCUGUCCAAGUUUCCUCGGUUAUGGAGCCGGCCACCCUACCACCGUCGCAAGCACCCACCGCACCAUCCGGGGACGGCAUCCAAGCCUCCUUGGUGGCUCUAGGGCAGGACUCUACCGGUGAUCUCGUCCAAACCAUCGCCAAGCUGAAUCACCAGCUCGCGCUUUUGACGAACACCUUUGCAUCCGUGGUGGUUGCGCCGUUGCACGUCACACUGAGACAGCACUUCGGCCCCACCGUCUUGGACCUGUCCUGCCUGGGAAUGCCAUACACGCUUCCCUUGGCAAGAAUAUCAUCAUGAGAACCACUUCGACUUCUCAGACACCAAGGUAUGCCAUUGGUGCUUCCUUGGUGGUAGAACCGGCUGCCAUGACUACCACAGCGACCACACUGUCCGUGGAUACCGGCCCUGGUUCCUCGGGCAGCUGGACAGGUAGCCUGGCAGAGAUGAUACGUUGCGACUUCCAGCAGCCGGCUUUCGUACAAAUACCGCCAUUUCGCGGCUUUCAAGAUGAAGUCAUCCUUUGGGUUCGCGCGAUCAAUGCCAUGGGUGACCAUCAUUUUGGCCAUACCAAAAGAGAUGGCUGGUUGCGGCAAACCGACUUUGCGGUGCCGCCAAGGCUUGGGACAAGUACGAAGGCAUCAAGCAGGGGUCCUGGCUUGAAUGGAGUGCAGCUCUUAUAGCUGCUUUCGGCUCACUUCCUUAUGCCUGCACAUCCCCUACAUCCCCGAGCAUCAGCUGUGGCUCAGUCGUCGAAGAUCAGUGACCGAGAACCAAUGGUUCAGCAACAGCGGCAGCGAGUAAAUCCCUCAGCCACUACCACAUCAGUCACAGGCCUCCGGUUCCAGCAUCUCCAUGUCGGCGUCCUCCGCUUUCCAUAGCGUACCCGGCAGCAAGGCCUCCAAGACAGCGGAAGAAGCUGCAGCGGCGGCGGAAGCAGAGGCAUGCGGCGACGACACGGGCAAUCUGCAGUACGGCGACCCUUGGGACACGGACCCAGCCGCCGUGGCUCUACGGCUGCUGAGGGCCGAGGAUAAUCGCAACAAAAGCCCCACUUCAGCACACGCCACCCCUGUCGCAAAGGGGGCUCAGUCCACCAAUGAGAUGGCCUGCCAGCCCAGUCUACGAGACAGGCGUUAGACUUAUGUCUCAAGCAGCGAGAACCCAACCAGGGCCUGGAUUGAUUGGCCCAGAGUCCUGCAAUCAUCCUCCCUGGGCUGCAGCAGCAGCCACAUGCAGGCCCACUCUACCCGGUGCCGUCAUCAUGCUCGUCUUCGGGAGUGUCAGUUAUACCAGGUUACAAAGGAGGCAUCACAAGACAGCCUUCACUGCAGGAUGCCUGUUGUCCGAAGCCACCACCACACCAGGGGAGCAGUUGCAGCACUUCGGUAUCUUCUAGUAUUCAGCAGCAACCAGCCCGACACCUUGUAGUUCCAGCAGCAGUGGCGGUGGCAAUCCUUCAGUUCCGAUUCCUGCUAUCAGAGAUCCUGAUUUGGUGUUCAGGCAAGCGUCAGCGGCCAUUGACCAGAGCCAUCCAUUACCACGGUCGCCUAUUUCCGAGAAUGCCCUUGCUGCACCUGUCGGCGCUGUCGCUGUUAAGCGUAGCAUCCAUGCAGGUCUCAAGGUGCUCCCUUCAGGGUCAGUGCGGUGCCCAAGGCACAGUGGCCACCGCAACGAAGCGCCGCUUCAAAUAGCUCAGACUGUGCCCUCCGGUCAUUCAGAGCAUCACCAUCCUUGGACAGCCUCUCCAACUCUUCCUGUGAUAGUCCUUGGAAACCCGAGGAGAGGCGGAGAAGGACUUGUAGCAGUCGCACCACUCGCUGUGAUCAACAAAGCACCCUUUGAGGGAAUCUCCUCGGCUUUGGUGUGACGGACAGCGCUGAGCGGUGGGAUGGUCGUCGGCGAGACCUGCGACCAGCGCGCAACAGUCAGUGCCGCCCGCCAGAAAAGCUGGUUGUGCGCUGGGCAGCUCACAGAUGACGACUUCAAUGCUUGGACGGGUUGCGUGAUUCCAGGCGCGCCGGAAACUUGCAGCAUGGCUGAAUGUAAAGAGUGAAGAGAUGCACUUGGGCUCGGGCGCUCGGGCACCGGGAGCUAGGGGGCAAAUGACACGAAGGACGAAAGAGGAUAUAGAACAGCCGGCCCAGUGAACGGGUGCUGUGUGUCUCUUUUACAAUAUAUAUAUAUAUAUAUAUAUCUACCCUUUGCUAACGAUUUUCUAUUUCUCGCUUUAUGCUGAAAGCAAUUAUAUCGACACUCCGGGCAAAUUAUCGCUGGUGUCAUCAUCGUGAUGUUCCGUAUUAAAUCCGAAGGCCAUAUCAAUGAGCGACCUAUACAAUGUGGGUGCAGGAAAAAGCACGUAACAGUGAGCCGAAAAGGAUGGCGGCUUGAUGGGCAUUAUCUUCCCACGGGGGCACUCAAUAUUCGGGUUAGUUGUAGGUCACAUGAUCAAACGCGAAUGGGAAGGAGAGCACGCAUCCUCUCUAGCCCUGCCGAAGCUGUGAAUGACUGUGCGCGGUUGACGCUUAUGCGGUGUGUGUGCCAUAUCUAAUUGUUGGUAAUAAUUGGUGGGUGCAACGAUAAAGGGUGAGCAGGGAUGGCUGCUAACUUCAUGCGCGCUGUGUUUUUUGCCGGGCUGUCUUCUCUCGACAUCCUCCUCUCGCCUCCUCUCGACAUCCAGUUGCGACGUGUGAAAGUACGCUGCAUGCGACAAUUCGUUGUUGAGCCCUAUUUUUUUAAAUAUUGGCUGUCAAGUUGCGGGUGCGGCCCUUACACGGGUGUGAUCCUUACACAGAUUUAAAUGGUAAGAAUCUUCCUUCAUGUAAUUGUCUUCUAGUUCGCUAUCACUAAUACUGCUUCGCCUUCCCGGCCAAACUGCACUCUUUUUUUUAGUACUUUGAGUCUGAGUAUAUGCGCUGCUGCGCAUGACUUCUAGACUUCUAUUUAUUCUGAUUUUGAGUGAAUCUGGCUUGGCAUCAUUUUGGUUGCUGAGUGAAUUCUAUAUACAAGGUGUUUCAGCGAACACUUUCAGAACAUUUUAAAGGUUACCUGCGCAGAUAGCACAGUUCUAGUUCAUGAGCUCGUCUACUCGAAGAGGCGGACAUUACUUGCACAAAAAAUUGACAUGCAUAAUUGACUAAUUCACAAAAUUAACCAAUUAAGUUGUUAGCUAAUUACCUUAUGGCCCUAACUAAUUAUGUUAAUUAGUUGUUUAUGCAUUUCAAUUUUUUUUGCAAGUAAUGUCCGCCUCUUCGAGUAGACCAGCUCAUGAACUAGAAUUGUGCUAUCUGCCACAGGCAACCUUUAAAUAUUUUUUGAAAGUGUUUGCUGAAAGAUCCCGUAUUUAUGGCCUCUGCAUGCAAGAGGCGAUGUUUCCAUCCCUAAUGUGUAAAUGUUGUGAAUAAUUAGAAAAGCUCUGUUUUCUUUUUUUGUUGCCAGUCGUUAGCAUUGCCUACUGGAAAGAGAAUUAAUAUUGAGACACAUAUCACUCACAUGCUUUUCACACGCCAUUGAUAGAAGACUCUGCCGAAGGGGUCACUGAAUUCUGCAGGUUUUUUGGGGGUCAAAAAAGCACGCAAAGUAAUUUGAAGUGAGGUGAACAUGCAUCAACAUAUUCAUUCUCUAGGCAUAGGCUAUCCAUUUAGUUGGCUACCUCCUUCUCUUUAAAAAAAUAUAAUAAACUUUGUUCUGUGUAUAUAUUUAGAUAUAUUGUGCCUGUGCAUGGUGUUUUCAGUGGAAAUUUUAAAAAUGUUGAAGUGAGGAAACAUGGAUGAGGUAGCCGCUGGUGCUUCUAAUGCGCUUGUCCUCCUAUUAUCAGGAUUUGCCGGAAUAAAGCGAAAGUAUAAAUUAAAGGUCGUGCACAUCCACGCCACCAAUGAUGCUGUAAGCUUUCAGCUACAACAAAAGUGAAAAGUGAGAGGCCACGCAAAAGAAUCCUCAAAUUAUGUGGGUAACAGAACUUCGGUAAUGACACUUUAGGGGCGGGGGGGUAGGCUACGGAUCGCGGGGGGGGGGGGCAGGGAGAGCUCCGAAAGGAGCUCGAGCCCCGGAGCCCCCCCGUAGUCGGCGCCUAUGGUAGUGUGACAAGAAAAAGUUCUCAUGUGUUUCGCUUGAACUGUGCUGCACAUGCAAUAGCACCCCUUCCAACCGUAAACUAUGAUAGACUGUGUGAAAGUCUAUCACACAACAUUUGUCCCACAUUUGACACAUUUAGCAAAGAUAAGCACGUUAAUGUGUGACAUAUAAGCAUGUUAUAUAAGCAUGUUAAACUGUGCCAAAGGUGUGUAAUUUUAUUGCAAGACAUUCAUACUCUAUUAAAUGGAAGUCAGGGUGGGGAGAUGAUGCCUUGCACACUUUCAAGUGUGUAAUUGCAACUACAAAGUAAUGAUAUAUCGAUUUAGCAUACUGUAAAUCAUGUCACGUUUUCUCGUAAAAAUAAUUAAGUUGCUGACCCAGAGCACAUCCACUAGUUAGUUAUUGCCUGCAGGCAUUAUGAGACAAGAAACUGUUCAUUCAUCAUAGUUGAUGAAAGAAAUAAAACAUGGCAACGUUUUAAGUAAAACGGUCAUGUGUAGCAAAUACUUUGCCCACUCAAGUGAAAUGAGGCCAUAUUGCAUAUGCAUGGGGUAAAAUUUACGUGUAUCUUAUUGUCAGUGAUUUUUAAUGCAUUCGCAUUAGGAGUAUCAAAACGGCAAAAAGUGUGUGUGCAUGAAAUGUGGGAAGCCAGUCACGUGGUAGAGAGGAGUAUAUCAAAAUGUCAGAGGUGGCUUGGGGCCCUUGAAAAAUGUUUCUACAUGCAAUCCAGAAACAUGAGUAAAAUAAAAUACCUUGACAAGGAGGACUUCAGCCAAUGAAACUGAUCUUUGUUUUUCAACCGCACAGAAUUACGCAGAUUGUGGAUGUGCCCACAUGAGGUGACAAAAAUUGACUGGCGAGUUCGCCUCGUCAUCUGUUUGCAAGGGAUCGACAACAUUUCACUUCUGACUAGGCUAUGCGUUUGUUACAUUGGAAGAACAGUAGUGUGAACAUGAAGCCAUCAGUACAACGAGCAGGAAAAGAGCGGUUGUUUUAAUGGGUCUCCAUUACUUACAAUAGAAUCAUUCUUAACAUUCUCAGCUGUAUACCAGGUGCGCGAGGUAUUUGAGAACACAAUGUUGGCUUCAGGCAGAGAAUAUCUCCAGCAAAAUUAGACAUAUUUUCACCAAACUUUGGUAAAUGCUUCUCUUACGGUUUAUUUCCACAAUUACUCAAUGAAUCCGCCAUCCACAGCAAUAACCUAUUCAAUUCGGCUUCGGAAAUGCUUGCAUGCACGGAUCAGGUGGUCCUUAGAGAUGUUGGCCAUUGAGUCAGCAAUGGCAGCCUUCAGCGAGUCUUUUGUAUUAUGUGGCUGAUUGUUGGCCUCUCUCUCAACGACGCCCUAGACAUAGUAGUCGAGCAGAUUUAAAUCCGGAGAACUAGGAGGCCACAAGUUGGGAGUAACGUGGUUGUAGAAGUUGUCAGCCAGCCACUCCUGGGUGGUGCAGGCAGUUUGGGCGGGAGCCGAAUCUUGCUGAAAGGCAUAAGGUCUUCCUUUUGAAACAGUCUCUAUCCAGGGCUUUACAACGGUGGCAAGGACCUCCAUGUACACGGCAGCAUUAACGUGAAGUCCUUCUGCAAAAAAGUGUAGCAGCAUGAUGACAGCUAACCCUAUCACAGACGAUGGAAAUUUUGUGUGCAUCACUGUAGGCACCUCAUCAGAGCUUGCGCAAAGCCACCUGUCGUUACGGCGGUUAACGUUUUGGUCUUGGUCAAAGUUCUUUUCAUCUGCAAAAAACCAGAGCAUUCCAGGCUCCUCAGGGCUCUUCAGCUUGCUUAGCAAGCGCUUGGACUGGAGCAGACGAUUCUCCAGAGUUUUAUUGGACAUGAAUUGUCCUCUCCUCUUGACAUGGGAAUGGUGCCUCAAGUCCUCUUGCACAGCGAGCCUGACAGUCGACUCUGCAACUUGGAGGUCCUUUGCAAUGGCCCACAUUGACUUCCCUGGGUCGUCACUCACGAUAACUUGCAGCCGCCGGAGAAAAUCAGGGGUUCUGAUGACGUCCAACCACUGACUGUGCUUUUUCCUUUUCGCCACAGAUACCGCGUCAUCGCCUGAACACAUCAGUUCUGUCCACACCUUGUAAACGAAAGACUUCACUACGUUCAGAAAGGUGGCAAUUUCGAAGUCGCUGUGGUGUGUGGCCAGGGCGACGAGGACUGCAUGGCGUUUAAUUUCCUGCGUCAACCUGUACGCUUCCAUCUUUGAACAAACAGCACAGUAUGAAUGAUAAGGGGUCAACGAAUAAGCAGUCGCACGCCUAGAUAGAUAUGAUGAGCCUGCUGGUGUCUAUGGCGAUAAGGAAUAGUGUUCUGAAAUACCUCGCGCACCUGGUAUUGUGAACACAACGAACGUUUAAUCUCUUACCUAACACUGUUGCCUUUCAGAUAAUUGUAAGCGCACUUGAGUGCUUGAUGCGUGCAUGAGUGCUUUUAUUUUCAUCAAUGCAUCAGGCGGAGUGUGCACUAUCUUGGCAUACACAGUUGCGCGUAUAGAGCCUGAAGGGACCAUGCAUUGUUUUGUGACAGCUGUUUGUUUACUUAAGUGCAGCACUUAAAAAAAAGAUGUGGACCAUAAAGCGUUGUCGAAAUCCACAGAAAAUCGCCACUGAAUUUUUUGCCUUCCUACCACUGGGAACUGGCUAUGGAACAAGUCGACUACUCAAAUGUGUUCACCAAGCUUAAAGGGGUUAUACAUUAUCGUAUUGUAUUAAACUUGUAUUCGGGUUCUCAACCUGUUUGGUUCUCUUAUUAAUCAGAGCUUUUCUUAUUGAAUUCUGUUCAACUUGGCUUGCCCCAACUUGCCAAGCUUCAUUAUUCAAGACUGUAGCGAAUGUUGUAGUGAAAUGCUAAGUGCAAUUUGUAGAAAAAUGAGAUUCGGUAUGUGAUGUAUUGUACUAUUCUCCAACAUACUGUUGCAUGCAUGUGAGGGGCAAUGCUAGCUAUCUCCGAUUAAGUCGGGGGUUCAAGUGUGGAUUCGAGCACCUUCUGGGAUCUUGGAUUACUAUGCAUUGUUGUUGAAAGUGUGUUAGUGUGCCGAAAUCUUCUUUACAGCAAUAGCUGUAUGAAAGACACUUAGUGGUGAUAAUGGUAACGUGGUGUUGGCUGAAUGUAAAAGAUUAUCAUCAGCUACUCCAAAAAUGCAAGAAAAAAGAAAGACACAAAAGCUGUCAUGGAAACUGUCGGACUCCCAUAGACCACACCAGUGAGCUAACCCAUGUUGCACAAGAAAUGAGUGUUCCUUUCACUUCUUUUUUUUUUUUUUUUGCACAGACUCUGGUACUGAAGCUGUUGCCCUGUAAAAUAAAAGCAUAUUGCUAGUC